GCUCUCAAAACGAGCCCCAACAAGUCCCUCCUCCUUCGCACACCCCGUCUCUCCCCCCCCUACUUCGCGACAGUCCUUCUGAUACCGGCUACCUCCAACAAUGGUUUCUCUCAAGCUCACCAGCCUGGCGCUGCUGGCCUGCCAGCUCGUGGGCGUCCUUGCUCAGGCCGAGAGCGCCGCCCCAAGCGGCGAGCCCGCCAAAGACGCUCCCCCGGCGCCGGCGGCGCCGCAGCUCAAGGUGGACGUGGCCACGACCUUCCCCGAGGCCGACAUCUUCGGCGUCAAGCUCGUCAACGGGCGCCCCACCAAGGCGGUCGUCGAGAUCACCAACAACGAGGACGGGCCGCUGCGCGUCAGCUUCGUCGGCGGCGCCCUCGGCCGCCCAGACCAGCCCCCCGCGGGGGCGGCCGGCGACGACAAACCCGCACCGCCGGCGCUGCGCAACCUGACGGCCGUCAAGUACGACAUCGAGGUGCCCGCGGGCGACAAGCGCUCGCUCACCUACUCCUUCACGCUCGACAUGCAGCCCCAGGACGUGCGCGUCGACCUGGUGGCCGUCGUUAGCAACGCAAAGGGCCAGACGUUCCAGGUCCCCGCCCACAGCGACAAGGCCAGCAUCGUCGAGCCGCCCACCAGCUUCCUGGACCCCCAGAUCAUCUUCCUGUACCUCGUCCUUACCGGCGUCUUCGGCGGCACCCUCUACUUCAUCUACAAGACGUGGGUCGAGGCCCUGUUCCCCCAGGCCAAGCGCGCGCCGAGGCCCAAGAAGCCCGUCGCCGCGCCCGCGCCCGUCAAGAAGGUCGAGGAGUCGCUGUCGGGCAACGAGUCGGCCGGCGCCACGAGCGGUGCCGACGGCAGCUUCGAUGCAAGCUGGAUCCCCGCCCACCACAUCAACCGGCCCGUCGCCAAGCGCGUCAAGUCGGCCAAGAAGGCCAAGGAGUAAAAAGUUUGUAGUUGAAACUUUGUAGAACGGAAAAGGGGGGGAGGGUCGGUUUUGGGAUAUCAUGGCUAUGUACUUGUCUACCAUAUUUCCAAACUCAUUCAUGACGUUGCGUUUUCCUACUGGACUCGGAAAAAAUCUAUUUUGGGAAUGGGCGCCGGGCGGAUUCAACUAGAUGUGGCAGGGUCGGGAUAACCAUGUACAAGAAGCGUAGUAUCAAAUGGCUAAUGACAGCUGUGUGGGCAUUUACAGUCCACACAAGCUUGGGCAACGCGA